AUGUCCUCGAUUGAAUCCACCACCGAAUCGUCCAGCUCGACUUCGUCGCAGGACUCCAAGUACAAGUCCGAAUUAUCGAUCAAGCAGAAGCCGGAGCAUCUGUGUAUAAGACCGCUCACCAUCUACGACCUGUCCCAGGUGCUUGAGCUUGAGGCAAACGGGUUCCCAGAGCCGGAACGGUGUCCAAAACACAAGCUGGAGUAUCGCCUAACUGUGUGUCCGGAACUGUGCUCGGGGCUGUUUGUGCGGGAGUUUGAGCAAAACGCGGCGCAAUCAGACUCGCCUCCGCCGCGGUCCACCAUUCUUAAGGAGACUUUGAUUGCUCACAUCAUAGCCACCAAGAUUGCCGACCCCACCAUCACGGAGCGGUCGAUGGACAUACCAAAGGACGAAACCGAUACGGAAACAGGACAUGUGGAGAAAAGCCGGAUCAUAGGGAUCCAUUCUGUUAUUGUGAACGAUAAGUAUAGGGGUCUAAAAUUAGGCUCGCUCUUGAUAAAAGAUUACCUACAGAAAUUGAACCAGCAGUUUGUUGCAGACAAGGUUGUUUUGCUGGCAAAGGCGUCGCUGACGCCGUUCUACCGCGGGCUGGGCUUUGUGGACGACGGAGUGAGCUCGUGCAAGUUUGCCGGGCAGGAGUGGCACGACUUGCAUGUGGAUCUUACGCACGAGGACGAGGAUGAAGAAAUGUGA